AUGUACGAAGUGAUUGACAACCUGAAAUCCCUUUACGACCGUGCCGGGAAGACUUUCUCCGGCGGUCCUUCUGCGGCACAGGAUGUGCCGCGUCGUACUGCUCAACCAGACCCAGUACGUCGAUCAUCAGUUGGGAGCGGGGCUCCCAAGAAUCCCAGGACGGGGGAUAGCCGCGCCACCGGACGAGAUAACUCGUCCGACGUCCGUUCACGUCGCGGUGGUUCAACAGCUGCUCAACUAGAUAGCGCUGGCCACCGCGAGAGUCCUCUAAUGGAGGUGGAGGAGGAGGAAAGACGCUCUCCACACGAUCAUGUGGAUCGGUGUGUUCCCGAGAGCUUCUUUGAUCGCGUAACGCAAGGGUUACGCGACGAUCUCGAGCAUGAGCGGAAUAGGCGUCUCCAAACGGCGGACACUGCCUCGAAGCAUCGAGCUGAGUUUGCCUUUGCUCAGCUUGAGAACGAGAGAUCUCUGACAUCUCUUCGUGACGAGCUAAGGGUAGCUCGUGGGAUUGUUGAUCGGUCUCGGGAUGAGAUAGCUGCUCUUCAGACCCUUGUUGAUGCCCACCAUCGGGAGCACAAGGCUCUCUGCGAGAUGCUUGAGCGCAAGGGCGUUCUUCAUCGGAAGAAGCAGCGUACUGAUGGUACGGCUUAA